AAUUGACAUCCCCUUUACUCACACUUAUUUAAGUACAAAUAUAUGUAGGUGAAAAUUCAAACUCCAACCAACUUGUUUCCUAUUAAAAUUUAGCCACUACAUAUAUACGUCCAAAAAAUAAACAUAUCCCCCACCUCCACACCAUGCAAAACCACUUGAUUCAAUGAUGAAGGGGAAAGACUUCAACUCAAGAUUAUGAUGAGGGUGAAGAAGUCAACUCACAAUGAGAACAAACAAACCCCAGAUUGCUCAUCUUCAUCACCCACCACCCAUUCUCAUUAUUCUCUCUGCUUUGUUUAUUAUAAUUACCACACACUCAAUCACUACAGAGACCUCACUUCAUAAUUUCUACUCCUCCUCCAUUUUCCCGCACUGCAAACUUAAGAUGAAAAGACUACACAUUUUAUUUCCCUUUCUCCUUCUAUCACUCAUGCUGGUUGCAUUACAUGCUACUUCCUCCACAUUUCAACAAACAACAACAGGACAUUUCAAGAUCGCGAGUGCUGCAUAUGACAUGGGGAAUGCAGGGGGUAACAGUCAGAAAGUUAAGAGAAACAGAAAAGAGGCCUAUGAGCAGAAGCUCCGAAAGACACCAUCCGGACCGAGCCCAGUUGGAAAUAACCGUCCACCAUCAAAGGCUUGACGAAAUGCACAACUCUUGUAUGUAGGGCAAGUAUUUCUUUUUAGUUAUUGGGGGUUAGAAAUAAUUUAUCGAUCUUAUGAUCAUAGCACUUUGUAAUACAAUUCAAGUUCUCAGAUUAUGCAGUUCAGCUUUUUCAA